CGGUGAAACACGGACUGAAAUAUUGAAAACAACAAUUGUGUAUUUAUCAGUUUAUUACGGUUCCUUGGAGUAAAAUAGUCAUUAGAUGCUUAAUAACACUGUUAAACAUCCUAUAUAACUACCGGAACAAAAGCUGACAUUUACAGUAAAAACUAAAUAUGUCUGUAUAUACGUGUAUCGCAUGUCGGGUUGUGUUUGCUGACGGGGAGACACAGAGAUCUCACUAUAAAACAGACUGGCACAGAUACAAUCUGAAGAGAAAGGUUGCAGAGUUACCCCCUGUUAGUGCUGACAACUUCCGUCAGAGGGUCCUUGGUGCCCAGCAAACACCUGGUUUUUCAAAGCAUAUUUAUCCUCAGGUUGUGGCAGAAGACAAACAGGCAUUGAAAUGUGGUGUGUGUGGGAAAAACUUUAACUCCCAGAAUGCACUUCAGAACCAUCUACAGUCGAAGAAACACAAGGAAGCAGAAGUUAAGGAAGCACAGAGAAGACAGAAGGAGGUUGAGAAAAUAAACGAAAAAAAUAAAGAAAAAGGAAUAGAGGUGCAGCCAGAAAAUAACGAAAAGUUGGAGAAAGAUGUUGCUAAUAGGGAGAUGAAGGAAAAGCUUGGAAACGCAGCUUCAGGGAAUGAAUUAGGGGCCACUGGUGGGGCAGAUGAUGAAGAAAUGGAAGAUGCAGAUACAGACAGUGAGGUGGAGUCAGUGGACAGUUUUGGUGAUGAAGAUGGACUAGGUAUUGAGGAAUGUCUGUUUUGCUCACACAUCAGUCAAUCUCUAUUUGUAGAUACAGACAGUGAGGUGGAGUCAGUGGACAGUUUUGGUGAUGAAGAUGGGCUAGGUAUUGAGGAAUGUCUGUUUUGCUCACACAUCAGUCCAUCUCUGGAGGAAAAUAUGAAACAUAUGACAGUAAAGCACAGUUUUUUCCUACCAGAUGCUGACUAUAUCUCCGACCUAGAGGGACUUGUUACAUACCUUGGUCAGAAGGUUGGAUUGGGUAACGUUUGUCUGUGGUGUAAUGAAAAAGGGAAACGAUUUUACACGACAGAGGCGGUUCAGAAGCACAUGAUUGAUAAAGGUCAUUGUAAGAUUCUGCAUGAAGGAGAUGUGAUAUUAGAAUAUGCUGACUUCUAUGAUUACAGGAGCAGUUAUCCGGACCACAAUCCUGAGGAAGAGGACAGGGAAACUGAAGAAGAGAUGGAGGUAGAUGUAUCGCCAGACGUUCUUGCAGCCGAGGGUUAUGAACUUGUACUACCGUCAGGAGCAACAAUUGGUCACAGGUCAUUACAUAAAUAUUACAAACAGAAUAUAAAUCCUAGAUCAGGGGAGAGAACCAAGUCAGUAUUACCAAAGAUGUUGGCACAGUACAAAGCCCUUGGAUGGACUGGAGCCACAGGUGUAGUGGCCAAACAGAGAUGUAAGGAUUUGGCAGCUGUACAGAGAAUGAAGAACCGAGUCCGUAUGCAGUUAGGAACGAAGGCAAACAAGUUCCAGCCUCACUACAGACCUCAAGUUAUCUUCUAAACAAGUUAAACCUUUUUUAGCUUCACUACAGACAUCAAAUUGUCCUUUAAACUGUUAAAACUGCUUUCAGCCUCACUACAAAUUUCAAGUUGUCUUUUAAACAAGUUAAACAUUCUUAGCCUCACCACAAACUUCUAGUCGCUUAAACUGCUGUCAGCCUCACCACAGGCCUCAAGUUCCCCUCAUUAACCAUUAAACUGCUGUCAGCCUCACCAUAGACCUCAUUUGUUUCAAAGUGAUUUUCAUGCUCACUGGUAUUGAAAACUCUGGUGCAUGUAGUGUUUGAACUAACCCUUUGUGUCUUCAGCUCAAUUGUUUUUUUUGGCUGUUUUUAUUGUUAUCAGCUAUACAUCUGUUCCCAAUGCCAAAAAGUAUGUAUUUUCCCAAAAUGAGUACAAAAAUUCCCAAUCUACAUUCUGAAAAAAGUUCCAUCAAAAUUGCACAAACAUUGACCAAAAUAUGGUCUAUUUUGUAAUGGCAGUAUGUUAAACAGGUUGUACAAUGUGAAACAAGUGUAUGAGAAGGUGCUUAAAUACAUCCUUACUAUAUCCUAUGGAACUAUGAAUAUUUACCAAUUUGGAACAUUUGCUCACCAAAAUUCCCAAUUUUGGGGUUUUAGGCUAUGUUCCCAAAACAGCAAGAAAAAACCCUGAGCUGCUCAAAUGCAGAAAAGUUAGUAUAUGUCACUAUAGACUGACACGAUUAACUAGAAAAUGAGGUAAUUAGUCCACUACUGCCCAUCCAUAACACAAUGUGGGAUCCUGCAAUAUAUUUAAAAGUAACUAAAAGUACAAGAUAUUUUUCAUGAAAUUUAAUACAAGAUAGAUGACAACACAGAGUAUAUGCACAUCCUUAAAUUUUGUUGCUAUGGCAAAAGAUGUGUUUGCUCUUGCAACAAAUGUUUAAGAAAUAUGACAAAAAAGCGUAUUCUGUGAUAACUCAAAAAGCAUUACAGACUGUUGAAUGGAUGGACAAAGGGAAAAAAUAAAAUAACAUAGACCUUCCUGUGUUAACUUAGACCUUCCUGUGUUAACUUUAAAUGUUAACGAUUUUUGAUGGGACCUGGUUUAUAGAUACCCGGCUGUUUGAAGAAUACUGUGAAAUCAUUUUUAUUCGCAUAGGGCGAAUUUUCGCGUAUUUCGCGCCAGGACCGAUGCGCGAAUUUAAGACCGCGCUAUUAUUAUUUUUUAUUAUAUUUAUCAUUGCUAUAAUUGAAAAUGCGCGAAUAAAGCCUGCGGGAAACAGUCCUUCCUCACGUUUGCGCGAAAUUUCAUGCCAGCGAAUUUAAAUGAUUUCACAGUAUUAAAGUCCAUCAGUUAAGACUUACUAUUAAAAAUGUGGUUUCUAUGGCAACAGACAUGCAAAAUACCCCUUCAGGUUGCGAACUUUCAAUGCUGGGUUACAAGUGUUGUAUGAAAUACUGAAUUCUGUUGAACAAGUACACAACAGUACUAAUGUUAUUUACGUGAGGCAAAGGUAAAAUGCAUUUAAGAUAAAAUUUUGAAACUUGG